AUGGGUCUUGGGAAGACAAUCCAGGCCAUUGCAAUUGCUUACUUUUACAAAGAAGAAUGGCCUCUUUUAGUAGUGGUCCCUUCAUCUCUGAGGUACCCUUGGACAGAAGAAAUAGAGAAGUGGAUUCCAGAGCUAGAUCCAGAGGAAAUCAAUGUUAUUCAGAAUAAAGCUGACGUUGGGAGAAUAUCGACCAGCAAAGUGGCAGUUCUGGGUUAUGGUCUUUUAACUACGGAUGCCGUGACAUUGAUAGAUGCACUAAAAAAACAGAACUUCAAAGUGGUUAUAGUGGAUGAAUCACACUACAUGAAGUCCAGAAGUGCAGCCCGCAGCAAGAUUUUAUUACCAUUAGUACAGAAAGCCAGACGAGCCAUUCUUCUUACAGGAACUCCAGCUUUGGGAAGACCUGAAGAGCUUUUCAUGCAAAUUGAAGCUCUCUUCCCACAAAAAUUUGGAACAUGGACUGAGUAUUCCAAAAGAUACUGUAAUGCACAUAUCAGAUAUUUUGGUAGAAGAGCUCAGUGGGAUUAUAGAGGGGCAUCAAAUCUUAAUGAACUUCACCAGCUAUUAAGUGACAUAAUGAUUAGAAGAUUGAAAACUGAAGUUUUAACCCAGCUGCCCCCUAAAAUCAGACAGCGUAUUCCAUUUGAUCUUCCAGCAGCAGCAGCCAAGGAACUGAAUACCAGUUUUGAAGAGUGGGAGAGAUUAAUGAGAGCUCUAAAAUCAGGUGCCACUGAGACCAGGAGCCACUUUUUACAAGUCAUGGGGUUGAUUACUCACCUGUUUAAACAAACUGCUAUUGCUAAGGCAGGUGCUGUAAAGGAUUAUAUUAAGGUGAUGCUUCAGAACGAGUCACUAAAAUUUCUGGUUUUUGCUCACCAUAUAAGCAUGCUCCAAGCUUGCACAGAAGCAGUCAUAGAAAGCAAGACUCGUUACAUUAGAAUAGAUGGAAGCGUUCCAUCUUCAGAAAGAAUACACCUGGUUAAUCAGUUUCAGAAGGAUCCUGAUACUCGUGUGGCUAUCCUAAGCAUCCAGGCUGCUGGUCAGGGUUUAACAUUUACUGCUGCAACGCACGUUGUAUUUGCUGAGUUGUACUGGGAUCCUGGACAUAUCAAACAAGCUGAAGACCGUGCUCAUCGAAUUGGACAGUGCAGUUCUGUGAAUAUUCACUACCUCAUUGCAAACGGGACUCUUGACACACUUAUGUGGGGGAUGUUGAAUCGUAAGGCUCAAGUUACAGGGAGCACAUUGAAUGGCAGGAAGGAAAAACUUCAGGCUGAGGAUGGUGAUAAGGAAAAAUGGGAUUUCCUGCAGUUUGCCGAAGCUUGGACUCCUAAUGAAAGUUCUGAAGAGCUCAAGAAUGAAGUUUUAUUCACUCAUUUUGAAAAAGAAAAACAACAUGAUAUCCGAUCAUUCUUUUUACCAAAACCGAAGAAGAGACUGUUGGUGACCUCCCGUGAUGAAUCAAGAAUAUUCCAAGAGGAAAGUUCUGAAGAGAUAUCAGGACCUAGAAAAACAGCUGCAAGAGAUAUCAUUGAAUAUGAAAGUGAUAGUGAACCUGAAGCUAAAAGGUUGAAAUCAGUUGCUAUCCAGGAUUGUGGCUGUCCCUCAGAGGAGAAACCAUUCUGGCCUGGAAAGACCAAAGCUUUGCCUGGAAAGCUUGGAAAGUGCUUCCAGGAAGAUGCCCCUGAGGCCAAGUCCCAGCUAGCCACCAAAUCCCUUCCUGGAAAGGCCUGGCAGUGUGGUUUCUGCACUUAUAUCAAUAAUUCAGUGUUAACUUAUUGUGAAAUGUGUGAGAAUCCUCAAGGCAGUGCUGUGUAAAUUGUUUGUUUGAUUUUUUUAAUUCUGCAAAUAGGUAGCCUCAGCCAUACCCAAGGUAAAAACAAAAAUGAGAAGGAUGAUUCUCAGAAAGACACCUCCAAAAAAAUUGGAACUAACUCUGACUGUGAAAAACAAGUCCUUGAAGAGUCAGUACCUGAAUCAUUGCCCAAGAAUAAGGAUGAGCCAGCAGAAAUUGAAAGGGAAGAAGGACUCACACCCCAGCCAGGUAAUGAACAGGUGAAGAGUUCAGUGACUUUGCCAGUAUAUGACAUGUUAAUGUACCGUGCAAGUAAAAAUACUGACCGGAUUCAUCUCUACACUAAGGAUGGAAAACAGAUGAACUGUAAUUUCAUUCCUCUGGAUAUAAAAGUAGACCUUUGGGAAGAUUUAUCACCAAACUUUCAGCUAAAACAAAAUCGUUCACUGAUUUUGAGGUUUGUUCGAGAAUGGAGUAGUCUAACUGCCAUGAAGCAAAGGAUUAUCAGGAAAAGUGGUCAGUUGUUCUGUAGCCCAGUUCUUGCUUUCGAAGAGAUCACAAAGCAACAAACCAAACAGAAUAGUACCAAAAGAUACAUAACCAAAGAAGAUGUUGCUGCAGCCUCAAUGGACAAGGUGAAGAAUGAUGGGGGCUAUGUCCGACUGAUCACAAAGGAAUCUAGGGGCCCUUCCACAAAAAAGUUUCUUGGAGAUGGAGCCUGUGUCCCAUUUCUUAAUCCCUGUGCAGCCCAAGCUGAUCUCACUGUGAAACCUUCUACCUCCAAAGGCUAUUUGCAAGCUGUGGAUAGUGAAGGGAAUCCACUUUGCCUUCGUUGUCAGCAACCCACUUGCCAAACUAAGCAAGAGUAUAAAGUGAACACCUGGGAUUCACGCUUUUGCUCUCUGAAAUGUCAGGAGGAGUUUUGGAUUCGAUCUAAUAACAGUUACUUGCGAGCCAAAGUAUUUGAAACUGAACGUGGUGUGUGUCAGUUAUGUAAUUUUAAUGCACAAGAACUCUUUUUACAUCUGAAAGAUGCCCCUAAAAGUCAGAGGAAGGAUCUUCUGGAUAUUACCUGGACCUCAAAGCUUCCAUUAGAACAGCUAAAUGAAAUGAUAAGAAACCCAGUAGAGGGUCAUUUCUGGCAAGUGGAUCACAUCAAGCCAGUCUAUGAUGGAGGAGGACAGUGCUCCCUGGACAACCUUCAGACGCUCUGCACUGUCUGCCAUAAAGAGAGAACUGCCAGACAAGCCAAAGAAAGAAACCAGGUGAGAAGACAAUCUCUGGCAUCAAAGCAUGGUUCAGACAUCACACGAUUUUUGGUAAAGAUGUAA